CAGAAUCCGAACACAAAGGAAAAGCGUUUAGCAGUUUUUCAGGAAGUAAAACGAAAAACAACGGAUAGCCUCGAUCAUCAUGUAACUUUUCGGUAGAUUAAUGUAAUUAGAUGUUAGAACAUUGAAAGAUCGUUAGCAGAGGGGGUGUGUUUUGGUCAAGAGAGAAUAUCUUGAAACGAUUCAAUUUUGACGUAAAAAUUUUUCAACGCAUGUUUUGGAUAAAAUUCUCGUCUUAGGAAUGUUUCUCGCUUGCAUAGGAUAGGCUGUACAAAAAAGUACAAGUAUAGAAACCUUUCUGAUAAUAAUAGAAGUUGUUAAAGUUAAUCAGUCAAAGUUAAUAGAAGUUGUCAGUUAAUCAGUCGCAAUGGGGAAGAAGCGUGAGUUGAAGUCCUACCACACUCUGUCAAGGAGACAGAAACAGCGGCGAGUGCAGGCGUUCCUAGACAGAAAUGAUGAAGAAGAUCAGCACGCCGCCCAUCCUGCCCUCGAUAUUGAUAGUGACGAUAGUUCAACUGAUAACACUACCUUGUAUCUCGAGCAUGUCUCAAGUGAUUGUCUCAACAGCAGUCCGUCGCCUCCUGUGUCCUCACACCGCAGCCCUCGCGCGCGUGAACUUGGAAUUUCCACCUCUGCCAGGGAUCCACUCGCAUUCCACACUCCCGCUGAGUUCAGUUCCUUAUUGGAUGCAGAAGAACCUUACGACGGCCCGGCGACAGCUGAUAGAACCGCAGUCGAGAAGCUAUUAUCAUCCAUCGAAAAAGAACAAGCAGCCCUUGGGAGACAGAUAAAGAAAACGUUAGCUGUGGGCCUGGAGAACAACACGUUGCUCAGGGAGCUCCAUGAAAAGGUUCAGCAAAUGAAGAAGAAGCAGCCAGCACAAGACUUUGUUGAGAUUCCAACAGAACCUGCGUCUACACUCCAAGAACUGGCUGAUCUGCUGUCUAAUGAGGGCAUAAUCGAGACGCUGCGAAGAUAUGAAGCGUCUACCCUGAAAGCGACGCUGCGGGCGAUGCUCAAGCGCCUGAUGACGCGGGCGCUCGCCGUCACUUUCUCCUUCACCGGCUUGGAUGGCAAGCGAAUGAGAACUAAAACUAGCCUCAAGGGGCACUCAGUCUACCAAGUACUUCUGGGCGCAAUUGAAUGCACUGCCUUCGCGGGAGCCCCGCGUCAAGAAGUAGACCGGAUCCUGAAAGGAGUUUUAAAAAAUGUCGGCGACUGGGAGAACUACCGAGGAAUUCGCAAGAAAAAAGUUGAGGAAUUGCAGCGGCAAGAAGCUGGAGUCACCGCAGGGCUGGAUGGUCUUGCCAGCACGCAGGCUUCAUGUCAGGACCAAAGCUGGUCCGCCGUGACGUCGCAGGGGCCUUACCAUGAACAGCAGGACGGCAGCUACGUAGUGUCUAGUUACGGCUUGCUCGAGUGCGGUGAAAUAUACUCGGAUAACUUGCAAAAUUGAAGAAAUGCGCACAUGUUUCUGUUGAUAGUAUUGUCUAGUGCUGUUAUGUGACAGGAAAAGUUAUUUUUUCUUACAGUUGUUCAACUGUUUUUUUCUUAGAGCAGUUCAACUGUACCGAGUUGAACUGUGUAGACUUGUACUGUACCGAGUUGAACUGCGUUGACUUGAACUGUACCGAGUUGAACUGUGUAGACUUGAACUGUACCGAGUUGAACUGCGUAGACUUGAACUGUACCGAGUUGAACUGCGUAGACUUGAACUGUACCGAGUUGAACUGCGUAGACUUGAACUGUACCGAGUUUUAACGAGUAUAGCUCGGUUGUUCCUGCUCGGUGAAUAUCGGGCCUUGGAGGAAAGUGAUCUCGUAGCAUUGUUAUGUUUGUGAGCUCUUGCAGGCCAUUCAUGCCAUUCUCCCACUUGUGUUUUGGCAACCGCCACGUAAUUUUCUAUUAUUAUUUUACUUUACCUUGUCGAUUUUUUAUCGAUAUAGUGUGAAAGGAGACUGAACUUGCGUUUUUUGAUGCUUUUUAUUUUUAAUAUGACAAGCUGCCACGCACCCACGCGGCAUCCAUUACCCUCUGCUGCGGCAUCCAUUACCCUCUGCUGCGACAUCCAUUACCCUCUGCUGCGACAUCCAUUACCCUCUGCUGCGACAUCCAUUACCCUCUGCUGCAGUAUCCAUUACCCUCUGCUGCGACAUCCAUUACCCUCUGCUGCGACAUCCAUUACCCUCUGCUGCGACAUCCAUUACCCUCUGCUGCAGUAUCCAUUACCCUCUGCUGCGUAUCCAUUACCCUCUGCUGCGGCAUCCAUUACCCUCUGCUGCCUAUCAAUUACCCUCUCAUGCGUAUUCAUUACCCUCUGUUGCGGUACCCAUUACCUCUUGUACAUUAUUUCUUGUUCACUAUCAUGUAACUCUUGUAACCCUUUAAUCUCUACUUCUCGACCCUCGUGUAAAUGUCCGAGAACCGUUUUUGAAUAAAUGUUAACAGCACGGAA